GAGACCACAGCAACAGACAGUGGACUACCUACGUGGAUUAUUCAUUGUAAAUUUUCACCGUGCGCCUCGUUUGUCAUUAUUUUUCGUUAAGUGGAGGUUUGUCACGUCUUGUAAAUGUAUGUGGGAAUUUAUUUUCGGGUCUUUUUAAGUUUGCUGCCCUUAUGGGUUGUUGAUGCAAAUCAGUGUCCUGAAGGCGCGAUAACAGUCAAUCCUAAGAGACUGACUGUGAAAUAUGGGAAUUCUGUGGAGGUGAACUGUAGCUCCUCAGUACCGCACGAUGGGAUGGGCUGGGAGUCCGCGGUUGGGAAGACGGGCAUUCAGGAGGACGUCCAGCUGGUCACCUGGACUGUGGAAGCGUUAACAGACUGGGAUGUGACAGCCCUAUGCUUCAUCAAUCGUUUGGAAGAGUAUGAAGGACAGUGUAUGACAGACCUUACUGUCAUUGUGUACAAGGAUAUAGAACAUGCACCUGUACUCUCCUCUAAUCACACUGGACCAAUGAUUGAGGGAACGACAUAUCAUUUCAAGUGUGCCAUAUACAACGUUGCGCCUGUCCGAUACCUCACUGUGACGUGGUACAGGGGGAAUGUACCUAUAGGUCGUCGUGCCCUAGCUAACAGCAGCGAUAAGGCCAGCCCAGUAAAUGUGACAGAUACCUUGUGGAUCACCCCAACCAGACAUGACGAUGGAGCCCAGUUUCGGUGCGAGGCAGAGCUCAAUCUGGGAGAAGGGGGACCCCAACCGCCACCCCCUAAAAUGACAUCUCAGGAUGUCAACAUCACUGUACACUAUGGUCCAGUAACAAACAACUGUCCAGAUAGCAUUCAAGUAUCAGAGGGGGAAGAAUUGGCAAAAUUUUGUUCCUAUGAAGGAAAUCCACAUCCUACUGUUACAUGGCAACGAAAUGGGCUACCCAUAGACCCCAGCCGUCCACUCAGCAGAGAGGACGUUGGUGUCUAUACUGUCACUGUUACAGGGCUGAUGCGGUUGGAAAAAACGAUACUUGUCCAUGUGAUGUAUGGCCCAGUAUUCGACUGUCCAAACAGUUACACCGUAGAGGAGUAUAAGUCUCAUAACCUGUCUUGUGAGGUGGAAGGUUACCCUACACCUGACAUGCUGUGGUUUAAAGAUGGUGAAGAAGUGGCUUUGCCAGAUAAACUCUCCAGGGGUUAUGGGGGGCAGUAUUUCAUCCUGGCAAACAGCAGCUAUGGAAAUGCCUCUCACUUGCUUGAGAUCAAAGUUCUCUAUCCUCCUUCACGUAUUACUGAACUUGAGGACAGAGAGGUAGACUUGGUGGGGUCUGAAGUGGUGCUGAAAUGUUCCUCUUAUGGAGACCCUCGGCCACAGUAUAGGUGGAGCUACCACCGGGUCAAAAAUGUGAGGGUGAACAAUGAGGAUGGGGUGUCCCUUUUGCACAUACAUGGAGCCACCGGAGAAAACAUAGGAACAUAUACAUGUUUUGCCUUCAACAAUCUUGGAGAGGAGAGCAAAUCGGUCAGAGUCACUGUGAAAGGUGUACAGGCUCCAUGCCCAAUAGAGUUUUCCAUUGAUGGCAAACAACUGAAUGAAACAGUGGUGGAAUAUAGCAAGAAUGUUUCAGUCAAAUGUAAAGUGUCUACCAAAGCACAAGCAACGCUUCAGUGGUUAGUUUCACACAAACACAUCACCACAGGAGACACUUGGACAGAGAGAGCCCUAACAGACUGGGAUGUGAAGCCAAACUGCACAGCAACUUUUGAGGGCCGCGACCCCUGCCACCAACUCUUCAAUGUUACUCUUUUUAAAUCUCCAGAGGUGUUAUCCAUCCGUUAUCAGAACCACUCUCAACCAGUAAUUGUUGAUGGCAACAAUUAUAUACUUGUGUGUGAGAUUCUAAACAUUGCUCCAGUCAAGAACCUUGUUGUGAACUGGUACAAGGAAAUAAAAUCGAAUGAAAAAAAUAGCUCAUCAAUGGUUUAUGAAGAACAGUUCUCGGAAAACACCAACAAGCGACCUCAAAAUGUUUCCUCUACAAUCCUCAUCAAUGCCAACAAAUCCGAAAACGGGGUGCAAUACUGGUGUGAGGCCACGCUGAGGCUGGGACCACACGGACCCCAGGAAGUGAAAUCACCAGCCCUCACCGUCCACGUGCACUAUGCACCAAGUAUCAUGCAGCCAAAUGUCAGUGUUGUGCCUGUGUUCAACGACUACAAGGAGGUAUUGGUUUGUGAAGCAGAUGGAAACCCCAAGCCAGAAAUCACUUGGAUCUUCAAUAAUCAAUCCAGCAAAGGACGCGAUCUCACCAUCAGCAUCGAAAUGGUGGGGUCGAUCAUCUGCAAUGCAAGCAACAAGUAUGGCAUCGCUUUGAAAACCAUCAAGUUGGUGCCCAAAGAGGAUUACUUGCCCCUGAUUGCAGGCUUCGUGGCUGUCGUCGUGGUGAUCAUCUCCGUGAUCUUUGUGUUCAUCUACUCCAUCUACUACACAAACACCAAGAUGGGCCACUACAGCCUGAAGGACGCCAAGCCCAACACGCAAAAGGGAGACGUAGCGCAGAACGGCCUUGACAGCAGCCUUCCCAUGAAAAAGCUCUCCCAACAGAACAUCUAUGUCAUGGGCAUGACUCCGUGACUUUGAUGCACCAUCUGAGGACAAGCCUGACUUAAACAAAGCAGGCUCGAGAUAGAUUUGAGGCUCUGGAACAGCCCAUGAGACACUUACAUGAACGGAGAGGGUUAUGGGUCCUGAGCCUGGUUCACACUUCAAAAGUCUUCAUCCAAAUCUGCUCAAACCUUGGCAGAUCUGUUUAGCUUGGCAGCACAACAGAGAAUGACAUUGUUAGAGAAUAGCAAUCCCCCCCCCCCCACCUUUGUGAUAUCUGUUUUGCCCUGGGAAGCCAAAGGACCCCUUGUGGUGAAUGAUUCAGUAUGACACAGUACAGCCCAUGCUGUAACCUAAAGCUUAUACAGCUUACCUACUAAGUGUAGCCUACCAAGAGAAUAUUGCACAUUCCAGCAUGUUCUUUCCUCCGAGUCAGGUAUGUAGCUUCGGUUCCUACUGCAUAUGCAGGAGGUGCUGUGUUCUGAGGUCAUCACUACUACAUUGUCAUCAACAUGCUGGACUGGAUGUAUGGCACCGUUUUGUUUUUGUUUGUUCGUUUGUUUGGUGCUUUUGUAGAUUUCUCUUUCUGGCCCUGUGGAUGAAAUCAUGUUGUGCUAUCUCCUGCAUGUUAUGGGCCAUAUUAACUUAUAAUUGUAUGUCAGUAUGUCAGUAUCUACAUAUAUGAAUGUAAAUAUGAAGAGUUCAGAUGCAAAAACCCUCUAAAUGCCACCUCCAUCACACUGAGAUCAUGGUGGUGAGUGAAUGCUCUCCACACAUAGUCUACGUUGAUCAAAUAAUUUUGUUUCAAAACCCGCUAAAUACCACUCUUUACCUGGUCUAAAGUAUCGAAAAAUCUAUUGGAGCCUAAUGAAGAAAUGCUCAUUUAAAAGAAAAAUGGUCAGACAAAUUUAGAGGGUUUUGCAUCUCUGUCAUUACUGUUUGGGAAUUUAAACAAGAUGCAAAGCAGACGGCAUGGGAAAAUGCAGAGCUCCUGACUUAGAUACAGCUGGGUUUGUUUUAGAGAGACGUACUGUAGCACAAUAUCCACUGCUGAGUGGAAAUUAUGAGUCGUUAAAAUUAAAAUGUAACUUAUCAAAUGGGCAAAUACCCAUAAUGGGAUAUUUGUAGGACUGCCUAUGGUAUUUGCUAUGAGGGCCUAUAUGUGCCUAUAUGAAGGAUGUCCUUGUCUUUGCAGAAAUGAAAUUGACUGCCUGCAUUAGCAUAUAUACCUGCCUUGAUUCUGUAGCCCGUUGUACACUGGAUGAGAUCUGUGAUAUCACACUGUAGGCAAAUGGAGUCUGUUUUUACGAAGAUGGAAAGCUAAUCUGCAUAAUUGAAGGAUGUAUUUUAUUUAUAUAAAGUAUUUCAUAAUA